AUGAAGCUGGAGGUGAAGAUCCAGCUGCUGAGGUUCUGCUCUACAGUUUUAAACUCCAUCUUCAUGGCUCUGGGUGUGAGUGUAGUCGGCUGUGCAGUCUGGAUCCUGUUUGACAAAGGGAGCUUCCUGUCCGUCCUCUCCUCAGCGGAGAUGAAGACAGUGGGGGCGGGGCUCUUGAUAAUCGGAGGAGUCGUGACCAUCGUCAGUUUUUUGGGAUGUUUAGGAGCUCAGAGUGAAAACCGACCCCUGCUGCUGAUGUACAUGAGCCUCCUCAUCGUGCUGCUUCUCGGUCAGCUGUUCAUCACACUGCUGCUGCUCAUUAACGGAGAGAAGGUGGAGAAGAGUCUGGAUGCGGCGGUGGAUCGUAUCGUCGUGGGUUACGGCGACGGCGGCAGCGAGGACAGACUGAUUGACAACGUGCAGCACUACGGCGGCUGCUGUGGGAGGACGGGCCGGGCCGACUGGUUGAACAACUCUUUUAUCAAGAGGUGGAACCUGACCCAGCCGGACGUUCUUCCUUGUUCCUGUUUUAAUCACAGUUGGCCGGUCUUCAACUCGUCCUGGUGCUCAGAGAACCUCACUGGACCGCAGUAUGGCUACGGGAACAUGUCAUAUGAUGAGGGCUGCAAAGAGAAGCUCAGUGAUUGGCUGAAGGAGAACAUUCUGACCAUCAUCGGCAUGGACGUCAGCCUCAUGUUGAUCCAGGUGCUUCAGUUCAUCCUGGCUGUCUACCUCUACCAAUCAUUUGGCCUAAAAGCCUCGCGGAAAAGAACCAAGCAGGAGGCGGCUCCUGAGCCGGCGCACGGCGAGCAGAACUACGCCUACGUGGACCCUGAAUAUGAAGACCUGGACCCCGACAACCCGGCACGUUACCACGACGACCUGCAUCAAACAGUGCCCCCCCACGUGGCUUAUCACCAUGGCGAUCAGAUGUAG